AUACCAAACAGAUGUCCCCCUCUCCCAUUCCCAACUCCUCCAUUAAAUAGACGUUCGAGACUUCGAGUGAUUUAUUAGUGUUAUUUUAUUAUAAAUUUACUUUCAUUGAGAGAUGAGAUGAUAAGUGAUAACUCUCACUCUCUCUCUCUCUCUCUUUCACGGUCUAUAUGUGGUCUAUGUAAGCAGUCUACGCUUCACUUCGCUUUAUUGCUCAUAAAAGCCUCAACCAGAAGCUUCGUCUUAGUUCUUUCGAGUGUCACCCACCUCUGAUCUCUGAACGCCUCCCUCUCUUUUCAUUCCUGUUCUCCGUUCAUGGCUUCCUUCAUUUCAUUACUCUUCUUCGCAAUAGCUAUUGAGCACCUAUCUCUUUCGUCCUCACAAAUUGUUCUGCCUCUCACGCACUCACUCUCAGAAACCGAAUUCAAUCACACCCACAACCUUCUCAAGGCCGCCUCUGUUCGCUCCACCACCAGGUUCCGUCACCAUCACCGGCACCACCAGAAUCAGCGUCAAAUCUCUCUACCCCUUUCUCCAGGUAGCGACUAUACUCUGUCCUUCUCCCUCGGUUCCAACCCAACUCAAACCAUCUCUCUUUACAUGGACACUGGAAGCGACCUUGUCUGGUUUCCUUGCGCACCAUUCGAAUGCAUACUCUGCGAAGACAAAUACGACACCACCGUUACUGCGGACGCCACUCCUCCUAAUGUCUCCUCUGCCUCUCGCGUCUCCUGCAACUCCCCUGCCUGCUCCGCGGUCCAUUCAUCCCUCCCGUCUUCCGACCUCUGCGCUAUUGCUCGAUGCCCAUUAGAAACUAUUGAGACUUCCGAUUGCUCCUCCUUCUCUUGCCCUCCUUUCUACUAUGCUUAUGGCGAUGGAAGUCUGAUUGCUCGUUUGUACCGUGAUAGCUUCUCAAUCCCUUACUCGUCUCCAUCGCUUCAUCUACCAAAUUUCACAUUCGGCUGCGCUCACACCGCACUUGCCGAACCAAUAGGCGUUGCCGGCUUCGGCCAAGGCAUCCUCUCUCUGCCUGCCCAACUCGCUCACGUCUCUCCCCAACUCGGUAGCCAAUUCUCCUACUGUUUAAUAUCUCAUUCGUUCGAUGUUAAUCGCAUUCGUCGACCGAGCCCGCUUAUUCUUGGUCGUUAUCAGAAAGAGAAAAGGUCCGGCAACGAAGGUGGUGAUGGCGAAUUUCUAUACACGCCGAUGCUUGACAACCCGAAACAUCCAUACUUUUACUGUGUUGGGCUGGAAGCGGUCUCCGUAGGCAGUACUCGUAUUCCGGCGUCGCAGAGCUUAAAACGAGUAAACAGGGAGGGGAAUGGCGGAAUGGUGGUUGACUCUGGCACGACGUUUACUAUGCUCCCAGCCGGGUUGUAUAAAACAAUGGUGGCCGAGUUCGACCACCGAGUCGGACAAGUAUAUGAGCGGGCAACUGUGGUCGAGGAUCAGACGGGACUCGGUCCGUGUUAUUACUACGAUGACUCGGUUGACAAGUUCCCCAAGGUGCCUAAACUAGUGUUCCAUUUUGUUGGCAAUGCGAGCGUGGUUCUGCCCAGUCGAAAUUACUUCUUUGGGCUCACCAACGGUGGUGACGGAGGGGGAAAGAAAAGAAAAGCGGGUUGUUUGAUGGUGAUGAACGGUGGAGAUGACGCGGAAUCGGGCGGGCCCGCAGCUACGUUGGGCAAUUAUCAGCAGCAGGGGUUUGAGGUGGUGUAUGACCUGGAGAAGCGAAGAGUUGGGUUUGCGAGGAAACAAUGCGCAUCUUUGUGGCAGACUUUGAACCGUGGCUAACGUGCACCGCUCGUCGAGCCGCUGCCGCCGGGAGUUGACUUUUUUAUUUGGGUCAGAGAGAGAUUGGGGGGAGAGGAUCUUUGACCUCAUUGCACGUGGAGUCUCCUGAGUGGACCGGAUCUGAAAUAAGUUUCAAUGUAAAUUUGUGUACAAAAUAUAAUUAAUUUUAAGCGUUAAUUCAUGGUUUGUAAAGAAUGAUAGUUGAAAGCAAAUAAUGAAGCACAAUACCUGUUUCAGUCA